CGGGCCCCUGCGCGAGCUCGCCGCCGCCCACGCGGGCGGCGCGGCCUGGCAGCCGAGGCAGCCUCAGCUGGCCCGGGCGCUGGCGUCCUACCCCGCCGCCUCCUUCUCCGUGCCGGGCCACGGUGCGCCCGCCUGGUCCGCCGGCGCAGGCGCCGCCGGCGCGGACGCGCUGGCCUUCGCCGGGUUGUCGUCGGCUUCCAGGAGCACGUCGGGGGCCUCGGGGCAAGAGGCCGCGGCCCCCCGGGAACGCGGCGGAGUACCUGCGGGGCGGGUGCACGUGUCCAGCCGCCAAGCGAGCAGGGAUCUUCAGACGCGCGCCGGCGGCGGCAGCCGCGGGAGGCCGCAGGCCCUCCAGGGCCAGGCCCCAGCGCAGCCUUCGCCGCAGCAGCUCGCGCACGAGCUGCAGGAGCGCCUCGGCGGCCAGCUGGGCCCGCCCCGCCCGCGGGAGGCGGGCGCCCACCCGCAGGCGCAGGACGCCCUGCAGAUGCCGCACGGCCUGGGCUCCCCGCCGGCCGCCGAGAAGCGCCCGCAGCACGAGCGGCGCCCCGCUCCGCCGCCGCCGAGGGACGCCCGCCAACAGCGGGGAACGUCGGCGCAGCAGGCGGCGAACGUGCGGCGGGGGCGUUCCGAGGCGAGCCAGGUGCAGACGCUGGAGAGCCUGCCGGAGGCGGGGCCGCGGACGAUUCCGACGACGAGCACGACGACCCCCGCCGGAUGGAGCGCACCAUGGACCGCCGCCGUCCCCGAGGGCAGCUCCAGACGCCCAGCUCCUCGAGAGCUUCGUGAGCCAGCCCAGGGACGAGCCCAUGAUGGUGACGGGCUCGGCGUCGAGGUCCGCCAGCAUGGUCAGCCGGAGCAGCGUGGUUAGCGUGAGGAACCCGGCGGCCGACCUGCAGACGUACGACGAGCUCCCGGAGAUGGAGCCGUUGGGGGGCAGGCUGCAGACCUCACUGCGCCCUUCGGCGGCCCCGCAGCACGUCACGGAGCAGGA